AUGGCAUGGGAGUCUAAAGACGUUCCAGGGAGAGCUUUGGUCACAUGGACCAACAGGAGGAGAAAGCAGGCAAAACGGAGCCCAAAGGAGCUCGAUCGAGUCGCCACGAGAUCGAUCGAUCAUCACGAUCACCCACUCGAUCGAUCCCUACAGCGCUACCCAUCGAUCGAUCCCCUGCUACCCACUCGAUCGAUCCCAUGCAAAGGGAGUAGCUCGAUCGAUCCCAUGCAGAGCGACGAAGCUCGAUCGAUCCCGUUCUGUCUCAGCCGUUCGAUCAAUCCCGGUCAGAUGAUAUCACAGCCGUUCGAUCUACUUGGUGCAAACCGACUUGAUCGAACCACAGCGAACCGGAUUGAACCGAAGUGCAUGAUCACUAGAUCUCGACGGAGCAACCGCAACGAAGAGCUUUUGAUCCUGUCCAACGCAGAACUUGCAAGAGCAGAACGAGCAAACAGACAACGAAGGCCGAAUCCAGCCGACAUGGGCGAUAACGGCAACCCGAACAUGGCUGCUCAGUUGCAGCAGCUUCAGCAGCAGAUCGAGCAGAUGCGGAAGGCUCAACAAGAUCGAGAACCGCAACCUCGUCCUGCUAUUGGAGACAAGGACAAUCCGCACACCUUCUAUCAAAACCGGUCUGCGAUUGUCCCUCCAAACGUGCAGAGGCAAGACUUCGAGAUCAAGCCCGGCAUGAUCGCUCUAGUCAAGGAUCACAUCUUCCAUGGACUUCCUGCUGAGAUUCCUGCGGACCAUAUCCAGAACUUUGAGGAGAUAUGCAGCACGACUGGUUCGAAUGGAGUACCGGCUGACUUUCUGAAGUGCAAGCUAUUCCCGUUCUCACUUGCCAACAAAGCAUCUCGCUGGCUGAAGUCAUUACCACCUGGUUCUUUGACUUCAUGGGACCAAGUUAGAGCAGCUUUCCUGGACCACUUCUACACGAAGUCCAAGAAUGCAGCUCUAAGGACGAAGAUCGCAUCUUUCCAGCAGUAUGAUGGAGAAGCUUUCUGCGAAGCAUGGGAGAGAUACAAGGAGUGCCGAAGAGAGUGCCUCAUCACGGAUACUCUGACGAGCAGAUCCUGA